AAAUGGUAGACUGCAAGAGUCGGCAAAAGUGUGGUUGUAUGUGGAAUGUAUUCAUUGCACAACAGCAAAGUUGUAAAAAUAUCUUUGUAUUAGUAUCAUCUUUGCACCAAUUAUUACCCUUCAGAGAAAUGGCUACAACUACAGCAAUAAUUAUCUUCACUGUCAUAAUACUUGCUUUGACAUGGUCAUGGAGGAUUCUGAAUUGGUUAUGGCUGAAGCCAAAGAAGCUAGAAAAGAUUCUAAGAGAACAGGGACUUCAAGGAAAUUCAUAUAGGUUUUUAGUUGGAGACGUAAAAGAUAUUGUAAAGACGCGAAAAGAAGCAACAUCUAAACCCAUUAAUCUUUCUGAUGAUAUCGUUCCUCGGGUGUUUCCCUAUUUCCAACAAAGUGCUUUAAAACAUGGUAAGAACUCUUUUGUUUGGUUUGGACCAACACCAAGAGUUAACAUCACAGAUCCUGAGCUAAUUAAAGAUGUAUUUAACAAAAAAGAUGACUUCCGAAAGCCGAUUGUGAAUCGGCUUGUCAAGUUACUAGUUAAUGGUUUAGUAAACCUCGAGGGAGAACAGUGGAGCAAGCACAGAAAGAUAAUCAAUCCUGCAUUCCAUUUUGAAAAACUGAAGAUCAUGUUACCAAAUUUCUUCAAAAGUUGCGAUGAUCUGAUUGGCAAAUGGGAAACAAUGCUGUCAUCAGAUGGAUCAUGUGAAAUGGACGCAUGGCCUUUCCUUCAAAACAUGGCCAGUGAUGUUAUUUCUAGAACGGCAUUUGGAAGUAGUUAUGAAGAAGGGCGGAGAAUAUUUCAACUUCAAAUCGAGCAAGCUGAACUUACAAAAACUGUUAUGACGAAUGUUAACAUUCCUGGAUGGAGAUAAGACUAAUUUGUUUUUCUACCAACUCCGACCCAUAGGAGGAUGAAGCAAAUUGACAGAGAUGUAAAGGCUUCACUUACAAAUAUGAUUAACAAGAGGGAGAAAGCACUAAAGGCAGGCGAAGCAACUCACGAUGACUUGUUAAGUAUACUUUUAGAGUCAAAUCACAAGGAAAUGGAAGAACAUGGCAACAAUAAGAAUGUUGGAAUGAGUCUUGAAGAUGUAAUAGAGGAAUGCAAGCUAUUCUACUUUGCAGGGCAAGAGACCACUUCGGUUUUGCUUGUAUGGACAAUGGUGUUGUUGAGUAGGUACCCUGAUUGGCAAGCACGCGCGCGGGAGGAAGUAUUACAAGUUUUCGGUAACAAUAAACCAGAUUUUGAUGGGCUAAGUCAUCUUAAGAUUGUCACUAUGAUUUUGAACGAGGUUCUUCGGUUAUACCCUCCAGUAGUCGCGCUUCCUCGAACUGUUCACAAAGAUAUGGAACUUGGAAACCUAAAAUUACCUGCUGGUGUGCAGCUUUUCUUAUCGAUAGUUUUGGUUCACCAUGACACAGAACUAUGGGGAGAUGACGCUAAGGUGUUCAAUCCUGAAAGAUUUUCUGAAGGUGUCUUAAAAGCAACAAAUGGAAGAUAUUCAUUUUUUCCAUUUGGAGGGGGUCCUAGAAUUUGCAUUGGACAAAACUUUUCCAUGAUGGAAGCAAAGAUAGCAAUAGCAAUGAUUUUGCAACAUUUCUCAUUUGAACUUUCUCCUACCUAUACUCAUGCGCCUGCUACGGUAAUUACACUUCAGCCGCAAUAUGGUGCUCAUAUUAUUCUCCAUAAAAUAGGAAGCUCAUAGUAUAAUAAAAGAGUGUUGGUUAGGAUAUAUCAACCCUUUAAAUAAUGGUUUUCUGUAUUUCAAUGGAUUACUCUUUGACACUAAGAAGAAAAUUCCUUUGAGUACACCCAAAAUCACUUUGUCAAAUAUUAUCAUAAGUAUUGGAACUGGCUUGGAAAGCUAAACCUGUAUGAUGUAUUACAUGUAAUAAAGUAAUGUUGUAUGGUAUAAUCUUCCACAUUUUAUGAC